AUGUCCGAGCAGGUAGCCAUCGUGGUCGGAGCGGUGGUCGGAGGGCUGCUGCUGCUGCUCUUUGUGGGGGCUCUGGGCUACUACCUCUGGAGGAAGCUGUGUCCCCCCACGGCCUACGAGGAGCUGACCGGAGCGCCGUCGCCCACCGCCCGCACGGAGCACACGUUCCUCCGCUCAUCCGCGGCCCCCCAGGCCAAAGGCGGCAGCAAGGAGCAGGGAGUCCCAUUCGUCGUUCCUCCCUCCUUGCCCAGCCGGGACUGGAUGACGCUGACCCGUGGGAAGCGGGUCCAGGAUGACGGCGACCGCUACCUGGCUCCCGACUUCUUGCCUCGGCCCUCCUUCCGCUCCCUGGCGGGCGUGGACGCGAUGGGCGCCCUCGACCCAGACCUGUACAAGCCCCCCGAGGACCAGAGCGAGACCGACUUCCCCGAGGGCUGCCUGGGGCGGCUGUGGUUCUCGGUGACGUACGAGCCGGAGGCCGAGCGGCUCCUCGUGGGACUGAUCCGGGCGCAGAGGCUGCGGGCCCCGGCCGACCCCUGCAGCCCCCUGGUCGAGCUCCACCUGCUACCCGACGAGCGGCGCUUCCUGCAGUCCAGGCCCAAGCGCAAGACCGACAACCCCCAAUUCGACGAGAGCUUCGUUUUCCAGGUGUCCAGCAGAACCGUGACUCAGAGGAUCCUGAGGUUCUCAGUGUACCACGUGGACAAGCAGAAGAAGCAUCACCUGCUGGGUCAGGUGCUCUUCCCCCUGAAGGACGAGGUGCUGACGAGCGACAGCCGGCCCGUUUUCUGGCGAGACUUGGAAGCGGAGAACCUGGAGCCUCCCUCCGAGUUUGGGGACAUCCAGUUCUCCCUCAGCUACAAUGACUACCUGGGCCGGCUGACGGUGGUCGUGCUGAGAGCCAAAGGCUUGAAGUUCCUGGAGGAAAGAAACAUUGUCAGUGUGUACGUCAAGGUGUCCCUGAUGAACCACAACAAGUUCAUCAAAAGCAAGAAGACCUCUGCUGUCCUGGGCUCCCCCAACCCAGUGUACAACGAGACGUUCAGCUUCAAGGUCGACCCGGUGGAGCUGGACACGGCCAGCCUCAGCUUGACGGUGCUGCAGACCCUGGAAGGAGACAAAAGCCACCAUCUGGGGCGUGUGGUUGUCGGGCCCUUUAUGUACACCAGAGGGAAAGAGCUGGAGCACUGGAACAAAAUGAUCAACAAGCCCAAGGAGAUGGUGAAGCAGUGGCACGCGCUCUGCCCCAGCACCUAGCCCCGACUCGAAGGGACCAGGACGUCUUCUCCCCGACGGAGCCCGAUGCUGUUCCCUCGCCAUCCCCUCCGACGUGGAGUCGGGUUGUCGGCUUCUCAUCCGAGCCCCUAAAUGGUACCUGCUGGUACCCCGUGUUACCCCUGUCCGUGGCAAAAAUGUCCACCCAUUCUCUUAUUGUGGAACGCUGGGCUGCACUCUUGCUUCUCUUCAUACCUGCAUGCCUUGAUAGAAUCCUUUGCAGGCCCGAAGAACAAAUAAGUUCUGAGUAUUAGAACUGGGGGUGGGGGUGGUGUAAGCACUUCAUUUAGGCAACCUGACCCCCCCAGAUGAGGGUAGGCACCCACUCAGAUAUCUUUGAAUUUGGAGUGUGUUUGCGGAGAGAGGGCUCCCUGCCACUUGACUCUGGAAAAAAGCAUGGACUUUUAUGGGCACUGAAGGAGUUAGGAAAUAUUGUCCAAAUGACCCUUCCGUAGAGGGUCCAAAAAAUGUGCUUGAAUAAAGGGUUGGGCGAAGCACCUUGGGCUGAGCCACAGUUAAGCUUAAGGAUGGUGUGCUGGGCUGGGAGACUUCAGGCCCCAUAGCUGAACGUCCCCCCUGAGAUUUGGGCAUCAGGAAUGCGUUUGGAACAGUUCAGGGUGGGGGUGAGAUCUAAAAAUGGAACUAAAUGAGUUUGGAAUGAGUGUUUUCUGAGCAAAGAGAGCACACGAGUGCCCAGCUGGAGGGCUCGUCAAUAUGGCUGGUGGAGGAGUAGAGGAUGGGAAUUUGCCAAGGCAGGUGUAAGGUCCUAGGACAGCUUCAGGGCUAGGGAGUGUCUCCUGGCUAGAUUUAGAGCUGUCUUCCCAAGUUGUCUGGGGGAGAGAGGACGAGGAGAGAUUUCAUCUGCCUAGAGCUGUAAAAACAUCUUGGCUAGUGCUUGGCCUUUUUUCACCUGUCUCAAGCCCCUAGGUACACCGCUCUGUUCUCUCCCCAGAGUUGAAAUGCUGAAGAACCAACUCUCACAGUCACCUGCAAACUGAGCAAGAAAAAUACUGAGGUUUCUGGUUUGAAUUUUAGAAGGAAACUGAAAGAUGGGAAGUAAUAGUAGUGAUAGAACUUGAAAUGGAAAACUCACUCCUAUGGACAUUAUACUGCUUUAACUUUAUGAAAUUCAGCUAAGUCAAGUGGUAACACAGGUAAACAGAAAGCAAAUGUUUCCAAUUUUCCAUGAAUGUAUGUCUUUGUAGCUACAUGUUGCCAGUUUAUCUCUUCAUGUGUGUUUGAAGGAGGGUUGGGGCAGCUUUUCAGUUUGCCAAUCCCUCACGUUGUUGUGACAAAAAACCCUAAAAUUCAUGAACUAAAAUCUCAGAAACAUUCAAAACCUGA